AUGUUCAAGCUUAAUCCUAACAAGUCAUCAGGUCCUGAUGGACUUACCUCUGGUUUCUAUAAAGCAGCGUGGAAUAUCUUAGGCACCGAAGUUAUCUCCUCCAUAUCCCACUUCUUCACGUCUUCCUUCAUGCCAAAAGCCACAAACUCAACUAUUCUUACUCUCAUCCCGAAGUUCCCUGAACUGGUAAAUGGUUAUCACAAGGACAAGGGACCAAAGAGAAUUACCAUAAAAGUGGACAUUGCCAAAGCUUUUGAUAGUGUCUCAUGGGAGUUUCUGUUCAGCUGUCUUGAAGGUCUGGGUCUGCCGGAUCAGAUGCUACACUGGCUAAAGUCUUGUAUUUGCACUACAAAUUUCACAAUUGGUUACAACGGCAUGGUACAAGGUUACUUUAAAGGAAAAAGAGGUCUGAGGCAAGGAGACCCUCUAUCCCCCUAUCUUUUCGUUAUCGCUAUGAAUUGUCUAUCACUAAUGUUAAACAGAGCUGCAGAGGAAGGAAAGUUCGCUUACCAUCAUGAGUGUAGUGCCUCGAGACUGACUCACUUAUGCUUUGCAGACGAUCUUCUAAUAUUCGUAGAAGGAACUCUAGACUCGGUACACAAUGUGCUCCAAGUGCUCAACGAAUUUCAGCUUCGCUCUGGCCUAGCAGUUAGCGUCCAAAAGUCUUGUCUCUUUGGCUUCGGGCUUUCACAGAAUGAAUGUGACUUGAUAAAAUUCUCCACUGGAAUGCCUCAGGGAACGCUGCAUUCAAGGAUAGAGUUACCUUUUGGAGUGCAAGAUCGCUAUCCUUUGCAAGGAGACCCUCUAUCCCCCUAUCUUUUCGUUAUCGCUAUGAAUUGUCUAUCACUAAUGUUAAACAGAGCUGCAGAGGAAGGAAAGUUCGCUUACCAUCAUGAGUGUAGUGCCUCGAGACUGACUCACUUACGCUUUGCAGACGAUCUUCUAAUAUUCGUAGAGGGAACUCUAGACUCGGUACACAAUGUGCUCCAAGUGCUCAACGAAUUUCAGCUUCGCUCUGGCCUUGCAGUUAGCGUCCAAAAGUCUUGUUUCUUUGGCUCCGGGCUCUCACAGAAUGAAUGUGACUUCAUAAAAUUCUCCACUGGAAUGCCUCAGGGAACGCUGCAUGUUCACUACUUAGGAGUCCCUUUGUGCACCAAAAAACUAAGCAUUGCUAACUGUGAGGUGCUGAUACAACAAGUCAAGGAUAGAGUUACCUCUUGGAGUGCAAGAUCACUAUCCUUUGCAGGACGUCUUCUCUUGAUCAAGACUCUAAUAGCGGGUAUAUCAACUUUCUGGUGCUCCACAUUCAUACUCCCUAAAGCGUGA